AUGAAGUGGUCCCAACUCAUCCCCGGCUGGGCCAAAGACCGCCACGGCCACCACCGCAGCGGCGAGCUCGAACGCCUCCUGCCAGCACACUCCCGCGACGUCGGACCCUCCGCCUACCCCGCCAAGGAAGUCACCCGCGUCGCGCUCCGCCUCAAGUACCAGAUCGAACAGGUAAUACCCAUCGAGCUCCCCGAGGAUAAGGUUACGGCCGCCAACUCGCCCAUCAUUACGAAGAAAGUCAUUGCAACCGCCAAAUCCGCUGGAGGUGACGAGUACAGGGCGUGUGUGGUGUAUGGAUUGUUGGUGUGCAAGCGGUGGUUCAAGCGCCAAGCGUUGCUGGAGCUAUGGGAUGCGGAUCUGCAUGGGGUAAGGGCGACGGCGGCGGAGGUGAUUGCGAAGCGGAUCAUUGAGGCGGAGGAGGAUCAGGAUUUUCUGCUGCAGGAUGUGCUGUUGAAGAGGUUCUCGAUUGUCAAGGAUGGGCAGGAGACGGAGCCGGCGAACGUGAUUGAGCGCGCGGUGGAUCUGCAUGCGCUGGAAGUCACGGGGAGUUCGGGGUAUCAGAAGUGUGUCAAGUACCUGUGGAGGGGGUGGUUGCAGCAGGACGAUAAGAAUGCGGGGACGUUCGUGCCGUUCAAGGCGAGGGAUAAUACACGGUAUUGGGAUCAUUUGGAUCCGGAUCGGAUGAGGGCGCCGAUCUACCAGAAUGCAGUGCAGAUUGCGAUCAGUGUGAUCUACUUGGGGCUGUAUACGGGCGCGAUCAAUACGAUUAAUGAGGAUGGGGAUCUCGAUGUGGUCGAGGGGAUAUUGUAUCUGAUGACGGCGGGGUUUAUCUUUGAUGAGUUUGCGAAGUUUUGGAAGGUCGGGUGGUAUUAUUUCAGCUUUUGGAAUGCGUUUAAUAGUAUUCUGUAUGGGUUGUUGACGGCGAGUUUUGUCAUUAGGAUGAUGGCGAUUGCGACGAGUGAUGAUGAGGAUGAUGGGAGGAGGGCAUUCAUCGGCCUCAACCAAAUCGAAGGCAACGCCUCCAUCUCGACAUUCAUCAUCCAAGCCAUGGCCAAUAGCGUCAUGCAGUCCCCCGAAUUCGACGGCUUCGAUGACUACGCCCACCCCUUCGGCCUCAUCCUCUACUACAUCUUCACCUUUGUCGUCAUGGUCAUCCUUCUCAACGUCCUCAUCGCUCUCUACAACUCCGCAUACGAGGACAUCACCGGCAACGCCGACGACGAGUACAUGGCUUUAUUCGCCGCCAAGACCAUGCAAUUCGUGCGUGCGCCGGAUGAGAAUGUGUUCAUUGCGCCGUUCAAUCUGCUUGAGAUCUUUGGGUUGAUUAUUCCGUUUGAGUGGUGGAUGGAUGAUCAUACGUAUGAGAGGCUGAAUCACUAUGUGAUGGGGGUGAUUUAUAGCCCGAUGUUGUUGUUGACGGCUUUCUAUGAGCAGCAUGAGGCGAGGAAGGUCAAGUAUAAUCGGAAGAGGGGCGAGGAGGAUGAUGAUGAGGUUGAGGAGUGGGAGCAGAUGGAGCAGGAGUUUGAGGCCGAUCAGGGUAAGGAGGAGUGGGAGAAGAAGGUUGAUGAGACGAAGCCGGAUGUUGAGGUUGAUGUUGAUGUGGUGGAGAUUAGGGAGUUGAAGAAGGAGGUGCAGGAGCUGAAGCGGAUGAUUAGGGCGUUGAGUCCGGAGAAUGGGGAGGAGGGAGGAUCUUGA